AUGGGGCUGCCGCUAGCCCGCCUGGUGGCCGUCUGCCUGGCCCUGAGCUCUGCUGGGUGUGCAGAGCUCCAGAGAGAGGGCAGGACCCAGAACCACGGCCACAGCGUCUGCAGCACUUGGGGCGACUUCCACUACAAGACCUUCGACGGGGACGUCUUCCGCUUCCCGGGCCUGUGUGACUACAACUUUGCGUCCGACUGCAGGGACUCCUACAAGGAGUUCGCAGUGCACCUGAAGCGGGGCUCGGGCAGCGCCGGGGGGCAACCCCAGCUCGAGCACAUCCUGCUGAACAUCAAGGACGACACCAUCUACCUCACCCGCCAUCUGGCUGUGGUCAACGGGGCCCUGGUCAGCACCCCGCACUACAGCUCUGGGCUGCUCAUCGAGAAGAGCGACGCCUACACCAAGGUCUACUCCCGCGCUGGACUCACCCUCAUGUGGAACCGGGAGGACUCACUCAUGCUGGAACUGGACAGUAAGUUCCGGAACCACACGUGUGGCCUCUGCGGGGACUACAACGGCCUGCAGACUUACUCUGAGUUCCUGUCUGAGGGCGUGCUCUUCAGUGCCCUCGAGUUUGGGAACAUGCAGAAGAUCCACAAGCCCGAGGUGGUGUGCAAUGACCCCGAGGAGGCGCCGGCCCUGGAGUCCUGCUCUAAGCACCGCACUGAGUGCGAGAAGCUGCUGACGGCCGCAGCCUUCGAGGACUGCCGGGGCCUGGUGCCGCUGGAGCCCUACGUGCAGGCGUGCGUGCGGGACCGCUGUGGGUGCCCGGCGGGCUCCUCCUGCACCUGCAGCACCCUCGCCGAGUUCUCCCGCCAGUGCUCCCACGCGGGCGGGCAGCCCCGGAACUGGAGGACCGCCGAGCUCUGCCCCAAGAGCUGCCCCGGGAACAUGGUUUACCUGGAGAGCAGCUCGCCCUGCAUGGACACCUGCUCACACCUGGAGGUCAGCAGCCUGUGUGAGGAGCACCGCAUGGACGGCUGUUUCUGCCCGGAAGGCACCGUGUACGAUGACAUCACAGCCCGUGGCUGCGUCCCCGUGAGUCAGUGCCACUGCAAGCUCCAUGGGCACCUGCACUCGCCCGGCCAGCACAUUAGCAGGGACUGCGAGGAGUGUAUCUGCACCGCUGGCCGCUGGGUGUGCCAAGACCUGGCGUGCCCGGGCACCUGUGCCCUGGAGGGCGGCUCCCACAUCACCACCUUUGAUGGGAAGAAGUACACCUUCCACGGGGACUGCUACUACGUGUUGAUCAAGGGCGACCACAACAACUCCUACGCCCUCCUGGGCGAGCUGGCCCCCUGCGGCUCCACGGACAAGCAGACCUGCCUGAAGACGGUGGUGCUGCUGACUGACAGCGGGAAGGACGUGGUAGCCUUCAAGUCGGAUGGCAGCAUCCUGCGGAACGAGCUGCAGGUGAACCUGCCCCACGUGACGGCCAGCUUCUCCAUCUUCCAACCGUCCUCCUACCAUCUCAUGGUGAGCACCGCCUUCGGCCUCAGGCUGCAGGUCCAGCUCAUGCCCGUCAUGCAGCUCUUCGUGACGCUGGACCAGGCUGCCCAGGGGCGCGUGCAGGGCCUCUGCGGGAACUUCAAUGGCCUGGAAGGGGAUGACUUUAAGACAGCGGGCGGGCUGGUGGAGGCCACGGGGGCCGGCUUUGCCAACACCUGGAAGGCCCAGGCGAGCUGCCACAACAAGCUGGACUGGCUGGACGACCCCUGCUCCCUCAACAUCGAGAGCGCCAACUAUGCCGAGCACUGGUGUUCCCUGCUGAAGAAGACAGAGACCCCCUUUGGCAGGUGCCACUCAGCCGUGGACCCCUCGGACUAUUACAAGAGGUGCAGAUAUGACACGUGUAACUGCCAGAACAGUGAGGGCUGUAUGUGUGCCGCGCUGUCCUCCUACGCCCGCGCCUGCGCCGCCAAGGGCGUCAUGCUGUGGGGCUGGCGGGAGCAAGUGUGCAACAAGGACGUGGGCGCCUGCCCCAACUCACAGGUGUUCUUGUACAACCUGACCACCUGCCCGCCCACCUGCCGCUCGCUCUCCGAGGCCAACGCCCACUGCCUUCGGGGCUUUGCGCCCGUGGACGGCUGCGGCUGCCCAGACGGCACCUUCCUGGACGAGAAGGGCCGCUGCGUGCCACUGGCCAAGUGCUCCUGCUACCACCGGGGCCUCUACCUGGAGGCUGGGGAAGUGGUGCUGAGGCAGGAGGAACGCUGCGUCUGCCGCAACGGGAGGCUGCACUGUGUGCAGGUCAAGCUGCUCGGCCAGAGCUGCUCGGCCCCAAAGAUCCACAUUGACUGCAGCAACCUGACAGCGCUGACCAUCCAGAACUCGCAACCUACCAGCUGCCAGACGCUAGCGGCCGGCCACUAUCAGACGGAGUGUGUCAGUGGCUGCGUUUGCCCGCAAGGGCUGAUGGACGAUGGCCGUGGCGGCUGCGUUGUGGAGGAGGAGUGCCCGUGUGUGCACAACACAGACCUGUACGCCCCCGGGGACACGAUCAAGGUGGACUGCAACACGUGCACCUGCCGGAGAGGGCGCUGGGCGUGCACCGAGUCGCUGUGCUACGGCUCCUGCAUCAUCCACGGGAACGGCCACUACGUCACCUUUGACGGGAAGUACUAUGACUUCGACGGGCACUGCUCCUACGUGGUGGCCCAGGACUACUGUGGCCAGAACUCCUCCUCGGGCUCCUUCGGCAUCUUCACCGAGAACGUUCCCUGUGGCACCACGGGGGUCACUUGCUCCAAGGCCAUCAAAAUCUUCUUGGGGAGGACGGAGCUGAAGCUGGAGGACAAGCGCCGCCUGGUGAUCCAGCGGGACACAGGCCACCACGUGGCCUACACCACGCGGGAGGUGGGCCAGUACCUGGUGGUGGAGGCCAGCAUCGGCAUCAUCGUCAUCUGGGACAAGAAGACCACCAUCUUCAUCAAGCUGGCCCCGUCCUACAAGGGCAUGGUGUGCGGGCUGUGUGGGAACUUUGACGACCGCUCCAGCAACGACUUCACCACAAGGGACCACAUGGUGGUGGACAGCGAGCUGGACUUCGGGAACAGCUGGAAGGUGGCCCCCAACUGUCCAGACGUGAGCAUCACCCCGGAUCCAUGCACCGGGAAACUGCACCGCCUCUCCUGGGCCAAGAAGCAGUGCAGCAUCAUCAAGAGCUCCGUCUUUGACAUCUGCCACAGCAAGGUGGACCCCAAGCCCUUCUACGAGGCCUGCAUCCACGACUCGUGCUCUUGCGACACCGGCGGGGACUGUGAGUGCUUCUGCUCUGCCGUGGCCUCCUACGCUCAGGAGUGUACUAAGGAGGGGGCCUGCGUGUUCUGGAGGACGCCAGACGUGUGCCCCAUAUUCUGUGACUACUACAACCCCCCGAACAAGUGUGAGUGGCACUAUGAGCCCUGUGGGAACCGCAGCUUCGAGACCUGCAGGACCAUCAACGGCAUCCACUCCAACAUCUCCGUGUCCUACCUGGAGGGCUGCUACCCCCAGUGCCCGAAGGACAGGCCCAUCUAUGAUGAGGACCUGAAGCAGUGCGUCACGGUGGACAAAUGUGGCUGCUAUGCUGGGGACACCCGCUACCCGCCUGGAGGAUCCGUUCCCACCGACAAGGACUGCCUGUCUUGCGUGUGUACCAACACCUCGGAAGUUGUCUGCCGGCCAGAAGAAGGGAAGAUUGUCAACUACACCCAGGACGGCUUCUUCUGCUACUGGGAGAUCUGUGGCCCCAACGGGACGUUGGAGAGAUACUUCAACAUCUGCAUAACCUCAACCUCCCGGCCGCCCUCCACCACGAUCCCCGUCACCCCCAGUACCCUCCUCACCAGCACCACCACCACCACCACCAUCACCACCACCACCACCACCACCACCCCAACCCCCAGCACAGAGUGGGGACCAAUCUUGGGUCUUCCUUCCCCAGGGCUGUGCUGUUUCUGGUCCGACUGGAUCAAUGAGAACCACCCCACUAUACACAGUGAUGGUGGAGACCGGGAGACCUUCGACGGUGUCUGCAGAGCCCCUGAGGACAUCGAGUGCAGGUUGGCCGCAGAGCCCCACCUCAGCUGGGAGCAGGCGGGCCAGAAGGCGCGGUGCAAUGUCUCCUUUGGGUUCAUUUGCUACAAUGUAGACCAGUUUGGAAACGGGCCAUUUGCAGUCUGUUACGACUACGAGAUACGUGUCAAUUGCUGUGUGCCAAUGGAUGAGUGUCACCCGUCCACAACCAUGGCCCCCACGACCACUCCCACCACCUUCACCAUGACCACCACCUCCACACCUACACCAGAACCCCUGACUACCACCACCACCACCACCACAGGCACCCGAACCCCAACAUCUACCACCACCACCACUCCGCCCACCACGCUGACCACCACGCCGACCACCACACCGACCACCACCAUCACCACCACGCCGACCACCACGCCAACCACCACUCCGACCACCACCCCGACCACCACGCCGACCACCAUUCCGACCACCACACCGACCACCACGCCGACCACCACGCUGACCACUCCGACCACCACGCCGACCACCACGCUGACCACCACUCCGACCACCACCAUCACCACCACUCCAACCACCACACCGACCACAACCAUCACCACCACUCUGACCACCACACCGACCACCACACCGACCACCACGCCGACCACCACUCCAACCACCAUCACCACCACUCCGACCACAACACCGACCACCACUCCGACCACCACCAUCACCACCACUCCGACCACCACUCCGACCACUGCGCCGACCACCACGCUGACCACCACUCCGACCACCACGCCGACCACCACCAUCACCACCACGCCGACCACCACGCCGACCACCACUCCGAUCACCACCAUCACCACCACUCUGACCACCACGCCGACCACCACACUGACCACCACUCCGACCACCACGCCGACCACCACGCUGACCACCACUCCGACCACCACCAUCACCACCAUUCCGACCACCACACCGACCACCACACCGACCACCACACCGAGCACCACCACCACAGGCACACCAACCUCGACUCCCACCAUCACCACCACCAUAGGCACAGAGACCCCAACCCCAACACCUACUCCGACCACCACAACCACCUCGACGUCCACACCUACUCCAGAACCCCCGACCACCACCACCACCACGCCUACCCCAGAAUCAACCACCACAGGGCCAACAAUCUCUCCCUGUGUGCCUCACUGCAACUGGACGGGCUGGUUGGAUUCAGGUAAACCAAGCUUUACCAAACUGGGUGGAGACAUUGAAUCAAUUAAGAACGUCUGUAAAGGAGGCUUGGCAGUCAACAUCUCCUGCAGAGCCACACAGUUUCCCAACAUGCCCAUUGAAGAACUUGGGCAGAAUGUGGUGUGUAACCUCUCUGUCGGGCUGGUGUGUAGAAAUGAAGACCAGAAGCCAGGGGGGAUCAUGCCACAGGCCUUCUGCCUCAACUAUGCGAUCAAUGUCCAAUGCUGUAUAAUGCCUGAUGACUGUAUCCCCAUAUCUGUUCCUACCACCACCCCGACCACCACCUCCACCAUCACCACCACCACAGGCACCCCAACCCCAACCCCUACCAUCACCACCACCUCAGGCACUGAGACCCCAACACCUACCAUCACCACCUCUCCAACAACCACCAUGACCACCACCCCAACCACCACCACCACGGGCACUCUGACCCCGACGCCCACCAUCACCACCACUCCUACCACCACCACCACAGGCACCCCAACUCCGACCACCACCACCACAGGCACUCCGACCUCAACACCCACUAUCACCACCACUACGGGCACGGAGACCCCGACACCUGCCCAGACCACCACCACGACCACGACCACCACGGGCACCCCGACCCCGACCCCCACCAUUACUGAGACCCCGACCCCCACCAUCACCACCACUCCGAGCACCACCACUCCGAGCACCACCACGACCACCACGACCACGGGCACCCCAACCCCGACACCCACCAUCACCACCACUCCGAGCACCACCACGACCACCACGGGCACCCCAAACCCGACCCCCACCAUUACUGAGACCCCGACCCCCACCAUCACCACCACUCUGAGCAUCACCACUACAAGCACCACCACGACCACCACGACCACGGGCACCCCGACCCCGACACCCACCAUUACUGAGACCCCGACCCCCACCAUCACCACCACUCCGAGCACCACCACAACCACCACAACCACGGGCACCCCGACCCCGACACCCACCAUUACUGAGACCCCGACCCCCACCAUCACCACCACUCUGAGCAUCACCACUCCGAGCACCACCACAACCACCACAACCAUGGGCACCCCGACCCCGACACCCACCAUUACUGAGACCCCGACCCCCACCAUCACCACCACUCUGAGCAUCGCCACUCCGAGCACCACCACGACCACCACGACCACGGGCACCCCGACCCCGACACCCACCAUCACCACCACUCCGAGCACCACCACUCCAGGCACCACCAUGACCACCACCAUCACGGGCACCCCAACCCCGACACCCACCAUUACUGAGACCCCGACCCCCACCAUCACCACCACUCCGAGCACCACCACAACCACCACAACCACGGGCACCCCGACCCUGACACCCACCAUCACCACCACUCCGAGCACCACCAUUCCAAGCACCACCAUGACCACCACAACCACGGGCACCCCAACCCCGACACCCACCAUCACCACCACUCCGAGCACCACCACUCCAGGCACCACCAUGACCACCACCAUCACGGGCACCCCAACCCCGACACCCACCAUUACUGAGACCCCGACCCCCACCAUCACCACCACUCCGAGCACCACCACUCCAGGCACCACCACGACCACCACGACCACGGGCACCCCGACCCCGACACCCACCAUUACUGAAACCCCGACCCCCACCAUCACCACCACUCCGAGCACCACCAUUCCAAGCACAACCACUCCGAGCACCACCACGACCACCACGACCACGGGCACCCCAACCCCAACCCCCACCAUUACUGAGACCCCGACCCCCACUAUCACUACCACUCUGAGCACCACCACUCCAGGCACCACCACGACCACCACGACCAUGGGCACCCCGACCCCGACCCCCACCAUUACUGAGACCCCGACCCCCACCAUCACUACCACUCUGAGCAUCACCACUACAAGCACCACCACGACCACCACGACCAUGGGCACCCCGACCCCGACACCCACCAUCACUACCACUCCGAGCACCACCAUGACCACCACGACCACAGGCACCCCAACCCCGACCCCCACCAUUACUGAGACCCCGACCCCCACCAUCACCACUACUCCGAGCACCACCACUCCAAGCACCACCACGACCACCACGACCACCACGACCACGGGCACCCCGACCACGACACCCACCAUCACCACCACUCCGAGCACCACCACGACCACCAUGACCAUGGGCACCCCGACCCUGACGCCCACCAUCACCAGCACUCCAAGCACCACCACGACCACCAUGACCACAGGCACCCCGACCCCCACCAUUACUGAGACCCCGACCCCCACCAUCACCACCACUCCGAGCACCACCACGACCACCACGGGCACCCUGACCCCAACCCCCACCAUUACUGAGACCCCGACCCCCACCAUCACCACCACUCCGAGCACCACCACGACCACCACGACCAUGGGCACCCCGACCCCGACACCCACCAUCACCACCACUCCGAGCGCCACCACGACCACCACAACCAUGGGCACCCCGACCCCGACCCCCACCAUUACUGAGACCCCGACCCCCACCAUCACCACCACUCCAAGCACCACCACGACCACCACGACCACGGGCACCCCGACCCCGACACCCACCAUCACCACCACUCCGAGCGCCACCACAACCACCACGACCAUGGGCACCCCGACCCCGACCCCCACCAUUACUGAGACCCCGACCCCCACCAUCACUACCACUCCGAGCACCACCACUCCGAGCACCACCACGACCACCAUGACCACGGGCACCCCGACCCCGACACCCACCAUUACUGAGACCCCGACCCCCACCAUCACCACCACUCCGAGCACCACCACUCCAAGCACCACCAAGACCACCACAACCACGGGCACCCUGACCCCGACACCCACCAUUACUGAGACCCCGACCCCCACCAUCACCACCACUUCGAGCACCACCACUCCGAGCACCACCACGACCACCACGACCACGGGCACCCCAACCCCAACCCCCACCAUUACUGAGACCCCGACCCCCACUAUCACUACCACUCUGAGCACCACCACUCCAGGCACCACCACGACCACCACGACCACGGGCACCCCGACCCCGACACCCACCAUUACUGAGACCCCGACCCCCACCAUCACCACCACUCCCAGCACCACCACUCCGAGCACCACCACGACCACCACGACCACGGGCACCCUGACCCCGACCCCCACCAUUACUGAGACCCCGACCCCCACCAUCACCACCACUCCAAGCACCACCACGACCACCACGGGCACCCCGACCCCAACCCCCACCAUUACUGAGACUCCGACCCCCACCAUCACCACCACUCCGAGCACCACCACUCCGAGCACCACCACGACCACCACCACCACGGGCACCCCGACCCCGACACCCACCAUCACCACCACUCCGAGCACCACCACGACCACGGGCACACCGACCCUGACGCCCACCAUCACCACCACUCCGAGCACCACCACGACCACCACGACCACAGGCACCCCGACCCCCACCAUUACUGAGACCCCGACCCCCACUAUCACCACCACUCCGAGCACCACCACUCCGAGCACCACCACGACCACCACGACCACGGGCACCCCGACCCCGACACCCACCAUUACUGAGACCCCGACUCCCACCAUCACCACCACUCCCAGCACCACCACUCCGAGCACCACCACGACCACCACGACCACGGGCACCCCGACCCCGACCCCCACCAUUACUGAGACCCCGACCCCCACCAUCACCACCACUCCAAGCACCACCACGACCACCACGGGCACCCCGACCCCAACCCCCACCAUUACUGAGACUCCGACCCCCACCAUCACCACCACUCCGAGCACCACCACUCCGAGCACCACCACGACCACCACCACCACGGGCACCCCGACCCCGACACCCACCAUCACCACCACUCCGAGCACCACCACGACCAUGGGCACCCCGACCCUGACGCCCACCAUCACCACCACUCUGAGCACCACCACGACCACCACGACCACAGGCACCCCGACCCCCACCAUUACUGAGACCCCGACCCCCACCAUUACCACCACUCUGAGCACCACCACUCCGAGCACCACCACGACCACCACGACCACGGGCACCCCGACCCCAACACCCACCAUUACUGAGACGCCGACCCCCACCAUCACCACCACUCCGAGGACCACCACGACCACCAUGGGCACCCCGACCCCAACCCCCACCAUUACUGAGACCCUGACCUCCACCAUCACCACCACUCUGAGCACCACCACUCCGAGCACCACCACGACCACCACGACCACGGGCACCCUGACCCCGACCCCCACCAUUACUGAGACCCCGACCCCCACCAUCACUACCACUCUGAGCACCACCACUCCAGGCACCACCAUGACCACCACCAUCACGGGCACCCCAACCCCGACACCCACCAUUACAGAGACCCCAAACCUCACCAUCACCACCACUCUGAGCACCACCACUCCGAGCACCACCACGACCACCACGACCACGGGCACCCCGACCCCGACCCCCACCAUUACUGAGACCCCGACCCCCACCAUCACCACCACUCCGAGCACCACCACGACCACCACGGGCACCCCGACCCCAACCCCCACCAUUACUGAGACCCCAACCCCCACCAUCACCACCACUCCGAGCACCACCACUCCGAGCACCACCACGACCACCACGACCACAGGCACCCCGACCCUGACACCCACCAUCACCACCACUCUGAGCACCACCAUGACCACCAUGACCAUAGGCACCCCGACCCCGACCCCCACCAUUACUGAGACCCCGACCCCCACCAUCACCACUACUCUGAGCACCACCACUCUAAGCACCACCACGACCACCACGACCACCACGACCACGGGCACCCCGACCCUGACGCCCACCAUCACCACCACUCCGAGCACCACCACGACCACCACGACCACAGGCACCCCGACCCCCACCAUUACUGAGACCCCGACCCCCACCAUCACCACCACUCCGAGCACCACCACUCCGAGCACCACCACGACCACCAUGACCACGGGCACCCCGACCCCAACCCCCACCAUUACUGAGACCCCGACCCCCACCAUCACCACCACUCCGAGCACCACCACUCCCAGCACCACCACAACCACCGUGACCACGGGCACCCCGACCCCGACACCCACCAUCACCACCACUCUGAGCACCACCACGACCACCAUGACCACGGGCACCCCAACCCCGACCCCCACCAUUACUGAGACCCCGACACCCACCAUCACCACCACUCCGAGCACCACCACGACCACCACGACCACGGGCACCCCGACCCCGACACCCACCAUCUCCACCACUCCGAGCACCGCCACGACCACCACGGGCACCCCAACUCCAACCCCCACCAUUACUGAGACCCCAACCCCCACCAUCACCACCACUCCCAGCACCACCACUCCGAGCACCACCACGACCACCACGACCACGGGCACCCCAACCCCAACCCCCACCAUUACUGAGACCCCGACCCCCACUAUCACUACCACUCUGAGCACCACCACUCCAGGCACCACCACGACCACCACGACCACGGGCACCCCGACCCCGACACCCACCAUUACUGAGACCCCGACCCCCACCAUCACCACCACUCCCAGCACCACCACGACCACCACGACCACGGGCACCCCGACCCCGACACCCACCCCAACAACCACGACGACCACCACCACCACGGGCACCCCGACCAUCACCACUACCACGGGCACUGAACCUGCAGGCAUGCAGACCUCCGGUCCCACCUCCUCAAAGACCACCCCCACCAGCGAAACUACAACUGGGCCCCCCUCGCCCACCCCAGGAGCCCCCUCCACGCCCACUCCCACGACUGUGUCAACGACCACCACAGGAACCUCCACACCGCCCACACCGUCCAGGCCACAGACCGCCAGCCCCACGACCUCCCAUGUGCCCACCCCUACACUGACCCCAAUCUCCACCCCCAACCUCACCAUAAGCACGGGCUCAGUCAUUUCCCCCACUCAGCUCCUCUGCUGCGUUUUGAAUGACACCUACUACGCACCAGGUGAGAUGGUAUACAACGGCACACACGGGGACACCUGCUAUUAUGCGAACUGCUCGCGGUCCUGCACCAUCGAGAUCUUCAACUGGUCAUGCCCGUCCACACCCUCCCCAACACCCAGCCCUUCCGAGCUGGCACCCACUUCAACACCCAAACCACCCACGCCCACAGCAUCGAGCACACCGGCCACCACCAAGCCCCCUGCGUGCCCAGACUUUGAUCCUCCCAGACAGGAGAACGAGACGUGGUGGCUGUGUAACUGCACAAUGGCGAUUUGCAAGUACAACAACACCGUGGAGCUCGUGGAGAUGGAGUGCGAGGUCCCGCCCAAGCCCACCUGCUCCAACGGCCUCCAGCCCGUGCUCGUCAAGGGUCCCCACGACUGCUGCCAGCACUGGGAGUGCGACUGCUACUGCACAGGCUGGGGGGACCCUCACUACGUCACGUUCGAUGGGCUGUACUACAGCUACCAGGGUAACUGCACGUACGUGCUGGUGGAGCGGGUCGCCUCCACGCUGGACAACUUCGGGGUCUACAUCGACAACUACCACUGUGACGUCAACGACCAGGUGUCCUGCCCCCGUGCACUCAUUGUGCGUUACGAGUUCCAAGAGGUGCUGAUCAAGACGCUGCAGAUGAUGCCCAUCAAGGUUCAGGUGCAGGUCAACAGGCAGGUGGUGGCCCUGCCCUACGUGAAGAGUGAGCUGCAUGUGUACCAGUCUGGCAUCAACUACAUGGUGGGAAUCUCCGAGCUGGGCGCCCUCAUCUCCUACAACGGACUUUCCUUCUCCAUCAGGCUGCCCUACCACCUGUUUGGCAACAACACCAAGGGCCAGUGUGGCACGUGCACCAACAACACCGCGGACGACUGCGUGCUGCCCAGUGGGGAGGUUGUUGCCAGCUGCGAGUUCGCAGCGGAUCAGUGGAUGGUGAACGACCCCUCCAAGCCGCACUGUCCCCAAACCAGAGUCACCACCAAGGGCCCGACCAUCACGCCGCCGGGGGGCAGCACCACCUCCCACAGGGACUGCACCUCUCCUCUCUGCGAGCUCAUGAAAGACAGCUUGUUUGCCCCAUGCCACGCCCUGGUACCCCCCCAGCACUACUACGAAGCCUGCAUGUUCGACAGCUGCCUUGUGCCUGGCACAGGCCUGGAGUGCGCCAGCCUGCAGACCUACGCCACCCUCUGUGCCCAGGCGAACGUCUGCAUCGACUGGCGGAACCACACCCACGGGGUCUGCUCGGUGACGUGCCCGCCUCACAGGGAGUACCGGGCCUGUGGUCCUGCAGAUGAGCCCUCCUGCGAGUCUAGCUUACAGAAGAGCACCGGCCUGGUGGAAGGCUGCUUCUGCCCCGAGGGCACCACGAACUACGCCCCAGGAUUCGACAUCUGUGUGGAGUUGUGUGGCUGUGUGGGACCUGACAAUGUGCCUAGAAAGUUCGGGGAGCACUUUGAGUUCGACUGCAAGGACUGCGUGUGCCUGGAGGGCGGGCGCGGCAUCAUCUGCCAGCCCAAGGAGUGCCGCCAGGAGCCGGUCACCUGCACGGAGGACGGCACCUACCCGGUCACGGAGGUCAACCCGGCGGACAUGUGCUGUAACAUCACGACCUGCAAAUGCAAUACCAGCCUGUGUGAGGGGUUGCCGCCCAAGUGCCCACUGGGCUUCGAAGUGAGCAGCAAGGCCAGUCCUGGGAAGUGCUGUCCGUCCUACUCUUGUGUGCCCAAGGGUGUGUGCGUUCACGGGAAUGCUGAGUACCAGCCCGGGUCCCCAGUGUAUUCCUCCAAGUGCCAGGACUGUGUCUGCACCAGCGACAGGAACAGCAGCUCACAGCUCAACGUCAUCUCCUGCACCCACGUGCACUGCAGUGACUCCUGCAGCCCCGGCUUUGAGCUGGUGGACGUCCCUGGGGAGUGCUGUGGCAAGUGUCAGCAGACCCACUGCAUCAUCAAAAGACCCAGCAUGGAGAACAUGAUCCUAAAGCCCGGGGACAUAAGUCACGACCCCACGAACAAUUGCACCUUCUUCAGCUGCGUGAAAAUCCACAACCAGCUCAUCUCCUCCGUCUCCAACGUCACCUGCCCUGACUUUGACCCCAGCAUCUGCCUCCCGGGCUCCAUCACACUCAUGCCCAACGGAUGCUGCAAGAAAUGCAUCCCUCGCAACGAGACCAGGAUCUACUGUUCCACCGUCCCCGUUACCAAGGAAAUUUCUUACUCCGGCUGCACCAGGAAAGUCACAAUGAAUUCCUGCUCUGGGUUCUGUGGGACCUUUGUCAUGUACUCGGCGCGGGCCCAGGCCCUGGACCGCCGCUGCUCUUGCUGUAAGGAGGCGCGCACCAGCCAGCGAGAGGUACGGCUGAGCUGCCCUGAUGGCCGCUCCCUGAAGUACAUGUACACCCACAUCGAGAGCUGCCUGUGUAGGGACACCGUGUGUGAGCUCCCGCAGGCCCCGCGCCGCGUCUCUCGCCACGCCCGGGGCGCCAGCCCCAGGGGCCUGCCCCCGGGGAGGGAUUGAGCAGGGCCCCGCCGUCCAGCCCCCACCCCGAAACCGUCCUCCGCACGCCCCCUCCCGCUGACCCUCUGAGCUUCCUCAGCUUAGAGGACCUCCUCCCUGCGGGUAUUUAUUUUCGGAGUCUUUGUUCAAGUCUUUGCUUUCCAAAAUAAACCUGGGC